AGACAGGCCCCGCCCACCGUGCGCUCCUCAGCCUCCUCCUUUCCCCCAGAGGUUGAGGCCCCACCACCCCCUACUUCCGGCUUGGGCGGAAAGCGGAAGUGUCGGAGGGAUCGACUGGGGAUGGAGCAGUAGCAGAUUUGAGAGCUGCCGGCGGUCGCGCCAUGGAGACAGUGCAGCUGAGGAACCCGCCGCGCCGGCAGCUGAAAAAACUGGAUGAAGAUAGUUUGACCAAGCAGCCAGAAGAAGUAUUUGAUGUCUUGGAGAAACUUGGAGAAGGGUCCUAUGGCAGUGUUUUCAAAGCUAUUCAUAAAGAAACUGGUCAAGUGGUUGCAAUCAAGCAAGUUCCUGUGGAGUCCGACCUUCAAGAGAUUAUCAAGGAAAUUUCAAUAAUGCAGCAGUGUGACAGCCCUCAUGUAGUGAAAUAUUAUGGCAGUUAUUUUAAGAAUACGGAUCUUUGGAUAGUCAUGGAAUACUGUGGUGCUGGCUCUGUGUCUGAUAUCAUCCGAUUACGAAAUAAAACAUUGACAGAAGAUGAAAUAGCUACAAUAUUACAAUCAACACUUAAAGGACUAGAAUAUCUUCAUUUUAUGAGAAAAAUACAUCGAGAUAUUAAAGCUGGAAAUAUCUUGCUAAAUACAGAAGGACAUGCAAAGCUUGCAGAUUUUGGAGUAGCAGGUCAACUUACAGAUACGAUGGCAAAACGGAAUACAGUAAUAGGAACACCAUUCUGGAUGGCUCCAGAAGUCAUCCAGGAAAUUGGAUAUAACUGUGUGGCAGACAUCUGGUCAUUGGGAAUCACUGCUAUUGAAAUGGCAGAAGGAAAACCCCCAUAUGCUGAUAUCCAUCCCAUGAGGGCCAUCUUCAUGAUUCCUACAAAUCCCCCUCCCACUUUUCGAAAGCCAGAACUCUGGUCUGACAGCUUUGCUGAUUUUGUGAAGCAGUGUCUGGUGAAGAGUCCUGAGCACCGGGCCACAGCUACUCAGCUUCUUCAGCAUCCAUUUGUUAAGAGUGCAAAAGGAGUGUCUAUUCUACGUGACUUGAUUAAUGAAGCCAUGGAUGUGAAACUAAAACGCCAAGAAGCACAGCAACGAGAGCUGGAUCAGGAUGAUGAUGACAACUCUGAGGAGGAUGAAACUGACUCAGGUACAAUGGUCCGUGCUGUUGGAGAUGAGACUGGCACAGUACGAGCUGCCAGUACCCUAAGUGAUGGAGCCAAUACCAUGAUAGAACAUGAGGAUACUUUGCCAUCACAGCUGGGCACAAUGGUGAUCAACACAGAAGAGGAGGAGGAGGAAGGGACUAUGAAAAGAAGAGAUGAAACUAUGCAGCCUGCAAAGCCAUCUUUCCUUGAGUACUUUGAACAGAAAGAAAAAGAGAAUCAGGUCAACAGUUUUGGCAAAAAUGUCCCAGGCCCAUUGAAGAAUUCUUCAGAUUGGAAAGUACCACAAGAUGGGGACUAUGAAUUUCUCAAGAGCUGGAGUGUAGAGGACCUUCAGAAGAGACUGUCUGCACUUGAUCCUAUGAUGGAACAGGAGAUUGAAGAGAUCCGACAGAAGUACCAAUCCAAGCGACAGCCAAUUCUGGAUGCGAUUGAGGCCAAGAAACGGCGACAGCAAAACUUUUGAGCGAGUCCCGGCAUGGUGGCAGGGUUAGGUGUGGUUCACAUCUCAAGGAUGCUCUGUUUCUAACUUCCCACAAACCCUACUGCAGGUUGCUCCAUGUUGAGAGCAAAAUAGAGGGGCAAACGGUUCUGCCCUUUCAUGUUCUCAUAAGCACCUUUGUGAACUUCAGGAAUGCAAAUGAGCACGAAGGUCUUUUUUGACAGUCAAGGCUCCAUAUUGAUAUCCUAUGUAUUUAAAAUAAUAAGAGAUCUUAUUUCUAGGGGUCCACAUUAGCAUUUUUAAACUUAUGGUUUUUAACUCAAGGAAUAGGGAAAUUCCUAGGCCAACAAGAGUUGGGAGUGUUUUAUGUUUGUCUUAUUGUUUUUUUUCCUCAUAUAGCUUUUAGUAGUUCUUACUAGUAACAUUUUUAAAUGUGUAAAUUAUAAUUAUGUCCACAUAUCCUGUGGCAUUUAACUACUGUACUCUUGGUACGGGUAUAGCUUGAAACAGUUCAACUGGUACCCUCUUAUGACUAUGGUACUGUAGAAUGGGUUAACAAGGGUCACUGGAAGGCCACUGAGAAAAAAGAAUAGGAUUCUGGGGAGACCAGCCUGUUCUUUGAUGGAGCUUAUAAAAUUAAGUUGCAGCCUAAUCAUGUUAGGGUGAUUUGAGCCUGGCACUUGCUUAGUGCUUUUCACUGUCUGUUAAUAAAUAGUAAAUCUGGAUUUACUAUUUGAACUCCAGGAAGAGGCCUGUCUCAUGGCACCUUCAUUGCAGAUCAUUUUAAAACUUGUCCCCCACCAGCUCCUCUUCUGUCUGAUUCUUCUCCCCAGAUACUCUGUUGUAGACUCCAGUGGCUAAACAGAAAAAGCCCUGGUUAGAAAACUCAGCUGCCUAUCUUAGCUCUGUGCUUGGGCAAGUUAUUGAACCUACAUAUCCCUGCUUGUACAACAAGAGGUUAGACAGGUGACUGCUGAGGUCAUCUUCAGCUCUGGCAUUCCUUGUUCUUAAGGCAGCUAGUCCUAAUAUCUCAUGCCACACUCUACACCAUCCAUAAUUGGUAAUCAGGCUUCACCAUCUUCCUGUCUCCUCUCCCUCUCACAUAUCCUUCUUCCACCACCACUUCCCCCCACCCUUGCCUCCCCAAAAAAGGAAAUUCAUUGUUUGUAGAGUCAGCAUGAUGUAGAAGAAAAAGCACUGGACUGGGGCCUCUUCCCAGCUUUGAGAACUUGAUUGUGAUUUUAAAUAAGUCACUUCUCUGAGCCUCAGUUUCCUCAUCUGUAAAAUGAGGUGGUUGGACCAGAGCUUAAGGUUCCUUCCAGUUGUGACAUUCUAUGUUUCUGAAUCCACACAUUUAGCUCUUUAGCUAUAAGAACAUUGACCACAGCCUCUGUUUCAAGUGGCACACUGUCAGAUCACAUUCAUUUGUCUUUGGGAUCCAUGUUCAGCUGUGUUUUUAGGGGGAAAACUCCUGCCUACUUCCUUCCCUGCAGCCAAGCAGGAAGGGAAAGCUCACAUCCCAGGUGUGAUAUGCAAGCCCAAGAAGUAGCUUUAACUUUUUUUACCAGAGGACUCUGACACCAAUAUAAGUUAUGUCUUGCAAUGUGCUGUUGUCAUAUAUGGUUGUACAUAAUAGGCCCAGGUCCCUUAUCUGUAUAUAUGUGAAGCAGUUAGGGGGAUCUUUGAAAUCUAAGAUGAUUCUUUGAUAUUUGGAUUGUUCUUCUUUAUCUAGCACUGGCCUUAUUUGUUCUAAUAAAUUGUUCUGAAAACGAAA